AUGGCGUCGUCCACUUCACCUAGAGUCCUCGAGACUGCACCACGUCAGUCGUCAGAGCUACCAACAGCGGCGUCUCUGGGGAGCCCUUACAUCCCAUUUCAACAGAAAUCCAUUCCAAAUUUCUCCUUAGAAAUUCCGCUCCUUCUCUUCCAUGAUGCAGACACCCUGCUUUACAUCGACCCCCCACCCGAGGACGGGCCGAAGAACUUAGCAUCAACACCAACCAUUCCUCUUCGUGUACACAGCGAGAAAUUUUUGAAAAUAGGCUCGGCAUACUUUGAAAAACUUUUUACACUACGAAAUCAAAAACGGGUUCGCAAGCAGCGGGGAUUCGCUGAUAAAUUACCCAUGGGCAUCAAGUAUGUGGUGGACUUGACACCGGCAAUCCACGAAGAAGAUGCCAUUAUUGCUUUGACGGAGGUAUCCUGCCCCAUGGCAAUUCGGAAAUGGGCUUCAUUGAAGGAAAAAUGGAAGCUUCCAGAGUCUUGCGUUGGAGGUGAGGAUGAAUAUCAAAUCCUGGAGCACCUAGCUCCAGCCAUGCUGGCUGAGCCUCUAGUGGUCAGUGAUGGCAGUGAAGAAAUACAGGAAGAAGACUUGGAUGAACAGGAAACUGGAAUAUUCACGCGCAUGUCUGCGCGAGAAAUGGUUCUUCGAAAUGGGCUACCCGUGGAGUACUCCGCAGCCCGUCAUCGCCAGGGCAUUGAAUAUGUCCUACACGUCCUCGAAGGACUGAGCAUCACUCUCGAUACGCCUUGCAAGCUAUGGACCUUCUUUGCUGUUGCCAAGCUGUUCAAUGUGGCUACCCUCCCAGUCAUCAGCGGGUACAUCAUUUCAUGGUUUUACGAGGCAAAUAACACGCGUUUGAUUGAAAUCCACCCCGAGGUCGCCUAUCGGGUAGGACUUGGAAUAAAAUCUAGUGAGCUUUGUCGCCAUGCAUUUAUGGGCUUGGUCAGCGAUGAAGCACUUCUAUACCUGAUACGGUCGGCAAACUUGACGCCUCUGAAAAUGUACAAACAGAAGUUCGAAAAAUCUCCGAUCAAUGACAAUCUUGAUGAUAACGAGGUGCAACGAAUCGAGUACGCUAGCAAGGCUUUCAUGGACACAAUCAUCAAACACUUCCUUCACUUGGCCGGGGAGGAAAUGCCUUGGAUUGAAGAUAGUAGUAUCCCGGAAGUCACAAAAUUAACCCAGCAUGCUCGAAUUUAUCCGGAAGAUGCCGAAGAUGUGAAAUCUGUGAUCGAUAUCCUGAAAGAAAGCGUUAGAGCUUCAAUUUACUCAAAACUUUCAAUCUCUGCGGAUCCCAUGCGCUGUGCCUAUUCAAAGUCGAACAGCCAAGGACACAGAUUUUCCCACCCUCGCGCAUUCGAACCACAGGAUUUUCUGGUUAGAUUGAUGGGAAGGAGUUUCUGGACCGAACUUAUAAGCUCGAGAGUGUCUCUUACGCUUGAUCUGAUACAAGCAUCACGGACAAAUCAUGACAUAGACAUGCACCGUUCUAUUGCCGACAUUGGGUGUGGCUUGCUUGCAUUUCAAGGUCAAGAGAAUGCUCAAAUCCGGAUGAUUGCAAGACACACAUUGGAUGAAAAAAUCAGAGGAUUCAAUGAAAUGGCUGUGCGUCGAGCCGAGGAACAGCAUGAUAUGUUGAACCAGGAAUUGAAGACGCGGUCUAAUCGAUGGAAUCUUACUAUCAAUUUGCGCCGCAGAACUCCACGGGUUAAUGAACCAGUCGAUUCAUCUUCGAAUCAUGUUUCUUCUACCACCAAAGAUAUGAAACACUCCCCAUCCAUGGAAACAACACUUCCAGAAAGGCCAAAAGAAAAAACGAAUCCUUUUAUUUCACAGCAGCCAUCACAGAGACCUUCCUUCCCUGUCGACCUUUCACAGUAUGAUGCAAGUUACUCUCAACCUGAUAUGAGCAAUCGCGCCAAUGACUAUUACGACUACAAACAUUUUGAUGAAGAAGCUUUCACAAUGGCGGCCACCGCAUACAUUAGCAGAUAUAGCCGUGCAAUUUUAAACACAUCCGAGCGAACCCCUUUCCAACACCACUUCGCGAGUAUUAUAACCUGCCUGACUGACAAUGAAUAUCGGUACCUACCUCUCUGGGCCGGCGGUGAUGACGACGAAACGGGAGGUGUGUUCACCGAUCAAGAUAUUCCCAUCAUGACAGGCGGCGGAUUCUCAGCCCCGGGCCCCGCAGUUCAUACAGGAAGCGUUGCAUCCACCAAUGACUCCUUCAGUGAGAUCAACCCGAGCGAUUCCCAGAGUACUGUGCAGGGUGCCUCCCAUCACGCAACCCACUCCCAUGUCUCAGACAUUGCGUCGAUGGAAUCGUACGAUGAGCUUGAAGAUCUAGGCUCUGUUGAAAACCUCCACCAACAGCAUUCAUCAGAGACAAUGCAAGCUAAUCCUGAUUACGGAUAUGCCAUCUCGUCUGUGAAAUCGGACGACGAAGAUUACGAUGCUUACAGCGCGGGGGGCAGCACUGUGGUUAUGGGCUCGCCUCAUCUAUCUGGGUUUUCUGAUGACGAUAUGGAUAUAGAUCUGGCAGAAAAUGACGAAGAUGAGUUUGAUAUGGUGGAAGAUGUUCAUUGA